AGCGGGAAGGGGGCUGCCAUGGGGCUGCCCGGCGGCCGGUGAGGAUGGAGGUGCUGUGCCUGCUCGUGGCGGCUCUCUGUGCCGCGGCUCCCGGACCAGCCCCGGCGGAGCCAAGGGGGGCCCCCACCAGGGCAAAGAGCGGCGCGGCUGGGAAUGCUUCAGUGGAACCAGGUCCCCCCGGCGAGGCCGUGCUGCGCCUGGCUGGCGGCAGCGACCGCUGCGAGGGCACGGUGCAGGUGCUGCAGGGGGGCCGCUGGCUGCCCGUGUGCCGGCGGUCCUGGCACGCCGCAGCCUCCCAGGAGCUGUGCCGCCGCCUGCACUGCGGGGAUGCCGAGGAGGACGCCACGCCGCUGAGCCUGCCGGGGGAAGGGGACAGCACUGACGGCUGCCCGGUGGCCAUGGCCAACUGCAGCGGCUGGGAGCUGGAGCCGUGCUGGCUGCGCUUGGCCACCGAGCCAGGCUGCUGCGCCGCGGGGCCGGCUCGCGUCACCUGCAUGGGUGCCCCAGCACUGCGGCUGGCGGGCGGCCGGAGCCGCUGCGAGGGCCGCGUGGAGCUGCGGCAGGAGGGCGUCUGGGGCACGGUGUGCGACGACGGCUGGGACCUGGCCGAUGCUGCGGUGGUGUGCCGGCAGCUGGGCUGCGGCUGGGCCCUGCACGCCCGCGGCGAUGCCUCCUUCGGCAGGGGCAGCGGGGCCAUCCUGCGGGAUGAGGUGAGCUGCGGCGGGCACGAGGAGCGGCUCUGGGAGUGCCCGGCCACGGGAGAGCACGACUGCCACCACAAAGAGGACGCCGGCGUGGUGUGCUCCGAGCACCAGGAGUGGCGGCUCUCCGGGGGCCGUGACGGCUGCGCGGGGCGCGUGGAGGUGUUUUUCCGUGGGACGUGGAGCACGGUGUGCGACAACUCCUGGUACCAGGUGGAGGCAGGCGUGCUGUGCCACACGCUGGGCUGCGGGGAGCCCCUGGAGCGGCCGUCCUUCCCCCACACGCUGCCCACCAAGAUGCUCUAUGUGUGCUCGAGCUGGCAGCCCUCGCUGGCGUACUGCCUCUGGACCUACAACAAGUCGGCGCCUUGCCAUCAGUCCCGCGCGGCCGGCGUGGUCUGCAACGGCUCCCAGGGCUUGCAGACACCAGCCCCGACAGUGACGGUGACACCGAGCAGCAUCACGGUGCUCAGCACUGAGGAGGGCUCUGUGGCUGGGGACACGCGGUCCCUCCUGCACGUGCCCCUCUUCAUCCCGUGCCUGGUCCUGGCGGCACUGCUCCUGCUCACCCUGCUGGCCUUCACCACCGCUCUGCUCAGGCUGAGGAAGAGGAGUGCCCUCACCGUGUGCCCCCCUGGGCCGGUCCUGGUGAGCAACAGCACCCAGGGCCCCGACGUGCCCUCUGGGACCUGCAAGAACUACAGGGAGAUGCCCCCCAGCCUCCCCAAGGAACCAGCCCCUUCGCCCGUGACCCAUCCCGCUGCCAAGGGCUCUGACUCCUCCGACUCCGACUACGAACACUACGACUUCAGCACCCGGCCGCCCGUGGCCCUCUCCACCUUCUACAACUCGCUGCGCCGGCGGCCGGGCGAGCAGCAGCCGGGCGAGCAGCUGCUCCCGUUGGUGCCCAGCCAGGACGGGAUGGAGCCGUUCCCUGCAGAAGUGCCAGCGACGAUGCUGUGUUCCCCGCCGUGGGGCAGGGCAAAGAGCUUGUCCUCCUCCUCCUCCUCUUCCUCCUCCAUGGAGCCCUACUGCAACGAGAGCGCGCCCCCCCUGAUGCCUGGCCCUGCCCGCAGCCCCCGGCCUACAGCCCCCCCCAGCAGGCAGCACCCACAGCCCCCGGCUGCACCCUACAGCCAUGCACCGGUGAGCACGGGCAGCGGGCUGCAAGGGGACAGGGAUGGCAGCAGGGAUGGAUGGGGACAGCCCCCGGGGUGGGAAUGGGGAGUGCCCCCAGCCAUGCCCUGCCUGCCCGACCCAGCACUCGCCCAGCCCCAGGUACCGGUGCCUCCAGCAGCCGCCGACCCCGCAGACAGCUCCAGCACCUCCUCGGGGGAGUGGUAUGAGAACGUGCAGGGCACAGAGCCGCCAGGGUACCCAUCCCCACACCACGGCUGGCCGGCUCCGUCCUGCCCCCCGGCGCAGGACCCCAACUCCUCUGAGAGCAGCGACUACGAUGACAUCCAGAGCUCUGGCUGCUGA